CAGGCAGCAGGGCUGGAGGCAAUCUGCUGACUGAAGGAGAAACAAGUGUUUGUCUUCUGUUUGUCUUUCUCUGUCCAUCUCACACCGGCAGCCGCAGAGCACACAAGCUGGUUUUUCAUUUUUCCAAAUGUUGACGGCAGUCUGAGCACACCGGCAUGGAAACAGCUAACAGAAUCACUUGUGCCAAAGUGUUACGUUUCAUUCGGACCCUGACCCGAAAGAAGCCUCUGGAGCCAGAAGGCGAGGAGUCCAACUUCUGCAGAUGCCUGACCACCUUGGACCUGGUGGGUCUGGGUGUGGGCAGCACGCUGGGAGCCGGCGUUUACGUGCUGUCAGGAGAGGUGGCCAGAGAAGUGUCCGGCCCCAGCAUCAUCAUCUCCUUCCUGGUUGCAGCUUUGGCUUCGGUCUUCGCAGGGUUGUGUUACGCUGAGUUUGGAGCCAGGGUCCCCAAGACGGGCUCAGCUUACCUUUACAGCUAUGUGACUGUAGGAGAGGUGUGGGCGUUUGUGACCGGCUGGAACCUGCUGCUGUCCUACGUUAUCGGAGCAUCCAGUGUAGCGAAAGCCUGGACAGGGACCUUUGAUGACCUCAUUGACAACGUUAUUGCUAAAACUCUGGAAAAACACACACCAAUGGACUCCCCUGGCUUGGCUCCGUACCCAGACUUCUUUGCUGCUGGGCUGAUUAUGCUGCUCGCUGGGGUUCUUGCGUACGGUGUGAAGGAGUCAGCGGUCCUAAACACUGUUUUUACUGCAGUGAAUAUAACUGUGCUGGUUUUUAUCAUAAUUUCUGGUUUUAUAAAAGGAGACCUCAACAACUGGCGAAUCAGUCAGGAGACUAUCCUGAAUGCAACUCGACACAUGGAGAACCUUUCAUUGACGCAGAAUGAAACUGACGUGGCUGACUUUGGUGUUGGGGGCUUCUUUCCCUUCGGCUUCGAUGGCACAUUAGCAGGAGCAGCGACCUGUUUCUACGCUUUUGUUGGAUUUGACUGCAUCGCCACAACAGGGGAGGAGGUGCAGAACCCAGAGACAGCCAUACCUCUUGGGAUCGUGGCGUCCCUGCUCAUCUGCUUCCUGGCCUACUUUGGCGUGUCGGCUGCUCUGACGCUUCUGAUGCCCUACUAUCUGAUCGACAGCCACAGCCCUCUACCUGUGGCCUUUGAGUAUGUCGGCUGGGAGCCUGCGAAGUACGCUGUGGCUGUGGGAUCCCUAUGUGCACUCACAACAAGUCUGCUGGGAGUCAUGUUUCCAAUGCCGAGAGUGCUCUUCGCAAUGGCGAGGGAUGGCCUGCUCUUCAAGCCUCUUAGUUACAUGAGCUCCAGACAGAGUCCGGUCUUAGCCACGCUGUCUUCAGGAGCUGCGGCCGCUCUCAUGGUCCUGUUAUUUGACUUAAAGGCGCUGGUCGACAUGAGUGCAAUCGGGACCAUCUUUGCAUACAGUCUGGUUGCAGUGUGUAUUCUUGUACUGAGGUACAAAGAAGACACCGGUUUCAUCCACCGGUCGGAACCGUUUACUCUAAUAGCACUGUUGAGGCCUCCGCCUCGACCCACCCGCCGCACCUCCAAAAACGUCAACGUAGUCACUGUUGUCAUUUUGUUCCUGGUGAUCGGUUUAUGCGCGCUGCUGUCCGAGGCAGUGUUCUCCCUCCGCAGACGAGAGUCGUGGAGCGUGCUGCUCGUCUCUGUCCUCAUGCUGGCGCUGGUCUUCGCUGUCGCUAUCAUCUGGAGACAACCGCAGAGCGCAACCAGAGCUGCUUUCAUGGUUCCCUGUCUGCCUGUAAUUCCAGUUUUAAGUGUCUUCAUCAACACCUACCUGAUGGUUCAGCUGGGAGGAGAAACUUGGAUCAGCUAUGCGGUGUGGAUGGCAGUAGGCCUGAUCAUUUACUUUAGCUACGGCGUUCAUCACAGUGUCCAGAAACAGAGGCUGCGGGAGGCUCGCACCCACAUCAAUAUUGUUCAUGUGAUGAACAGCGAUGUUGCUGCUUGAUGUCUGACGUCUCCUCAAGUGCAUGUUUUUAUGCUAACAGUUGCUUCGUUAAAAGUAAGCUAAUAUGUUAUGUACCUGAAAGUGUAUAUUGUGUCUUGUUUGUCAUUUAUCCAUUUGUUUGUCAUUCAAGACUAUGUAAUCUUGGAUGUUGCCGUUUGUCAGUAUCUGACACGACAAAAACAUUAUUUAAAUAUUGUUUAUAUUGAAGUUAAUUUAAAUAAAUAAAAUAUAAAUGUUAACUGA